GCACUACACAUCAUGCUAUAUGCAACAUACCCUCUUUAUUCAUUCAUGAAACUUUAUGACUUGAUGGGGUGGCUAUACAUCAUCUAUAAAUAAGUAUAAACAAACCCUAUAUACCGUACACCAGUUAGCUAGAGUGCAAGCACAUGGCCACUGGAGUAACAACAGUGGACUGCCACAAACAAGUUCGAUCAUGGAGGCUGCUACGUUCUCUCAUGCAACUUCUAAUCCCCACUUGCAACUGUGCCACCAUCAUCAAAGACGACCACGAUUAUGCAAUAUCAGAAAAAUACCUCCAUAACUCCAACAAGCACUCUUCAUCAUCACUCACCACCUCCACCACCAUCACCGGCACAAUAUUCGGAUACCGCAGAGGAAAAAUCAACUUCUGCAUCCAAGAAAACGCCAACUCCACCACCAACCCAAUUCUCCUCCUAGAACUCGCAGUUCCAACAAGCACUUUGGCCAAGGAAAUGAGAGGAGGAACACUCAGAAUCACGUUAGAGAGCAGCAAUACUGAUGAAAGAAAUUACCCUGCAAAAUCACUUUUGUCCACUCCUCUAUGGACCAUGUACUGCAAUGGAAGAAAAGUGGGUUAUGCGGUUAAGCGCAGGCCUUCGAAAACCGAUAUUGAAGCGCUGAGGUUGAUGCGUUCGGUGGUUGUGGGAACUGGCGUGCGUCAAUUAGAAGAUGAUGAGCUUAUGUAUCUUAGAGCCAGCUUUCAAAGGGUUUGUGGCUCGUCUGAUUGUGAAUCUUUUCAUCUGAUUCAUCCUGAGGGAGAUAUUGAUCAGGAGCUUAGUAUUUUCUUUUUUAGAUCAAGGUGAAUGUGAUGAAUAUGACCUUUUGUUUC